CGCAGACAUGCAAUCUACCUUGCUCGUACUCUCAAUCUCGCUAAUUCUAUCUCUCACAUGCUAUGUUCCGGUCAUUAGCUCGCAUGCUAUCGACGAGAUUCUCGCCAAUCGGAUCGCCGAUACUUACACCGAGUUUGCGCUAUUCAUGACCAUGGACCGAGCGGUGAGAUUAUGCCUUGCCGACGGUCAGUGGUCGCAGCCAGUCACUCUCUUCAGCAAGCGCAUCCAGCGCGGUACUCUCGUUCAGACCUGGGAUGUUCUCAGCAUCUUUCAUCGAGAGGCAGAAUACACAUUCAGCUUCGCUGUCGUGCAAGGCCUUUCGACCUUUGUCAUCAAAUUGCAGACCGCCGAUCCCUUCAAGAUUUUGAUCGAUUGUGAGGAUCGCCUCAGCCUUGACGGUCACACGGGCAAUGAGCGCAAAGCGCUGUACGAGUUUCAACAGUGCUGCGCUGUACUCUACGAAGAUAGUCUGUCGGUUCGUAUCGUCAGCAACACUAUAGGCAAGUCGUCUCUUCCAGUUGGCACCGAGAGCCCGCUUUACUCGCCUUCGUAG